AUGUUUCAGCCUCUGGCCUCCAACACAGGUGUGUUUAUGCUCAGGCUGCCGUGGCAACAGCCCUGGACUCUUCACACAGCCUGGCCAGUGAGAGGGAGUUCAAUUGAAAGCACGUACGAGCCCAAAUACCUGGAAUAUCAGCUCAAGGAAAUCAAGGACAUUUAUCUGACCUACCUCGGCCCUCCAUUCAACGAGAAAGACUUCUCCCCUCCUCGGCCUAACAGCACAGCUCUAUCCUUACCAAGUGCUGCCACCCGCCUGGAGCUGUGGCACGGCCUGGAGAACCAAGCCCGGCUCGCCCAGAACCAGAGGGCUUACUCUGUACUGCUGGCUGCUGUCAGAGAGCUGGCCCGCUCCACCCUCUGCCCCUCCCUCAAGACCUCCCUGUUGCACUUCUGCACAGGCCUGGAUGGGCUGCUGGGCUCCAUAUCAGCACUAAUGACCACCCUCGGUUACUCGCUUCCUCCUGCAUCUGUGAACUUGAGAAGUAAUGCAGGAGACUUAUACCAAUUCCCCCAGAGGGGGUUAGGGGGCGUCCGACCAGCUCCACUGAUGAGUCAGAGCCUUUACAGGUCCAAAGCCGGGACUAGGACUGAGUCUGGGCGUAACAGUCAAAGAAGAAGCGGGGCAAGGGUGGUCAGAGGUGAGAGGGAGGACACAGUGGAAAAACGGAGAGGGAAAGAGGGAAGGAGAGCAUCAGCUGAAGGAAGAAGUGGUGGAUCCAGGGGGAAGGAAAGAGGGGAAAGAGGGGGUAGAGGAAGGAGGGAAGAGCCUAAGAUUGAAAGAUGGACUGAAGAGAGAGUUGGUGAGAAAGAAGAGGAAGAGCUUGGGCAAGAAGAAGUGGAGAGAUGGGGUACAGGGAGAAGGCUGUUGAGUUUCAAUGAAGAUGGCCAGGAGAAGGGUGGGGAGGUAGAAGUUUUGUUUGCGGGUACAGAUAUCUCUGGUUCCUUUCAAGCAUCAGCCAUCCAAGUAAACAACCUUGACAACCAGUACAGCUACAGCUUGAACUCACGUCACCCAUACACAAUCAGAGAAGAGGACAGAUUCAUUCUAGAAAGGAGCGAGCCAAUGUUUGAAGACAGGAAGCUAAGAGACAUGGAAGCUGCCUCCUCGUCUCAUAAUCAGCGUCGGCCUGCUCGCUCCCUCCUCUCUCCCACCCUCCAACCUCCUCUGUCCACCCUCUCCCUCCUCUACCAGUUCAGAGCAGGCGAGGAGCACACCCUCUUAUCUCAACCCCUCCCUCUGUCUUUACAAAGGGGCACCUCACUCCUGUCGCCUCCUCUGACUCCGCUCCUUUCCUCCACAUCUUCCUCCUCCGCAUCUUCGCUACUGUCAGUGCGGCCUAGCAUGAACGACUUUGCCAGAAAGGUGGAGGGAUUUUGGAUUCUGCGCGAGCUACAGAGCUGGCUGUGGCGAUCUGCGAAAGACUUUAACAGACUAAAGAAGAGACUUCGAGGCUGAGACUCUCACACAGCAAACACACUGAAAUGCACAAAGACAGUAUAUUGGUUUAUAUUUAUCAUGAAUGCAGUUGACUUUAUUUACACAGCUGCCAUUUUCCUUUGGCAUCAUGCUACAAGUGAGAAGCUCAAAACUCCACGGAGGUGUUUUACUUCUGUGUUCAGGUUUGUGAGUCAUACAGGAUACGAGGUAGGUAAGGGUAUUUGACGAAGCAUUAUCCUUAAACAGUAAUUUUAAAAGAUCAACUAAAAAGACAAUAUAUGUGGAUUUUUGGAGGGAAAUCUGGAUGCUUUAAAAGUUAAAACAACAUAUUUGAUAACCCUGUUAGCUACUGUCAAUCAACUGCCUUAAGCUAAGCAGCUGCUAGCUAAAAUAACCAUUAGUUAGAAAGUUCUGAAAGAUACUAUUUUGUUUGUAGUGUUGCAUAAAUUAUUUUAGCUAGCACUGUUAGUUAAAAAAUCCAUGUCCUGGCUUGAUAAUAUAAUGAUAAUCUAAGCUAUGCAUUUAUUUUUUGGGUUAGACUAUUGUUGCAAGCAAGCGGCAACCUCUGGUCUGACACCAAUUCAAAAAAGACGAUCUUUGCAGCAUUAAUAAACAUGUUUACAGCCUGGUUCAAAAAACAGCUUGGCUACAGUAGCUAAUCUCUCUCAGCACACACUGUACGAGGGUGAAUUUUUAUUCUAACGCGACGAUUCAGAAGAUAUUAAGAUUACUAGUUUUUGACGUCCAUGACUGAAUUGUCUCUCGGUUGG